AUGCUCCCACGGCACUCACUUCCGCUUAAAGAAGGCCGCUUUACGCCAUCAUAUCCGAGGUCCAAAGUCAGAGCACGACCAAAAAGCAUAAUUUUGCGGAUCGCCCGCUUCAUCGUUGCGGCAGUAGCUGGGUGGUUGGUAAUAUCAUUUCUGCUCCCUACGUCGCCAGCUUCAGACGCAAAGAGUUCCAAUUCGGUCACGGACGGAUUUUGGAAAAUUUGGCCCACUAAUAUCAAGACGGUGGAGUUAUCGGGACAUGAUCCGCGUGAUGGAAACCCCAUUGUGGAGAAUCCAGCAGGGUUGCAGGAAAAUGUAAACGCAACAACCAACGACCAAGGGUCACCGCAAUCAAUCGAAAAUACCGACAGGACAAAUUCAAAAAGUCUGGAUCCAAAUUUCUUUGACGCCGCUCUGGACCACCUUCUGUCGACGAUUCCUGACGAGAUAUACAUUCGAGAGCUCCUGCGGCCAUUAACAGUCACAGGAGAAGAGAGGCUGCACGAGCUUGGCCUACGCACACGCGCAUAUAAACGAUUCUUCGAGGCUUGGGAGAAUGUCCACCUCGUCGACAACGAUAAUCAUACAUACGUGCGGGACGAUGUUAUCCCCUACAUCCGAAACAAGUUCAGCGAGCCAACGUUCUCUGAGGCCCUGCACAAAUACGAAUCCUACCGCCAAUUUCUCACCAAAUUCACCACGCUGUUGUUUCCAUGGCCGAGCCCAUACUUCGCAGAUCAUAUGACUUUGCACGUCUCAUCGCGCUAUGGAGGUCGCGGCAUUGUCACAACCGCCGGCAAUGAUCAUGCGCCUUUUCUACUGGCUGCCAUUCCUUCUUUCCGCCUCCUAGGUUGCAACCUUCCCGUCGAGGUCAUGUAUCUCGGCGACGACGAUUUGAGCGAGGAAUUCCGCACCAGGCUUGAGGCCAUACCGGGAGUCACAACGCGUGACCUCUCCGCAAUGGUUAACGACAAAGGUUGGCGGCUCAAAGGAUGGGCUGGUAAGCCCUUUGCUAUGCUCUUCUCAUCUUUCCGUGAAGUCCUGUUCAUCGACGCCGACUCGCUGUUCUUUGUUAGCCCCGAGUCAUUAUUCGAUGACCCGGAGUAUGUGCGCACGGGCGCCCUUUUCUUUAGAGAUAGAAAUAUCAUACCAGAGAGUAAGAAAGAGUGGCUGCAGAAGGUCUUGCCAAAGCCGAUUUCAAAAUCCGUGCGGCAGAGCAGAAUGUGGACUGGGGAGAGCGCGCACGUACAAGAGUCGGGUGUUGUUGUUGUGGAUAAGUGGAAGCACUUUGUCGCAUUGUUACUUGUAUGCAGAAUGAAUGGGCCGGAUAGGGACGGUGAUGGCGCAAACAAUGUGGGGACUUAUGAUAUGGUCUACGGUUCGUCUUGCCCCAGUACAUAUCUUCCUAGUCUCCUUUCUUUUGCUAACCUUUGGGGCUAUACAGGUGACAAAGAGACCUUCUGGAUCGGAUGGGAACUUGCAGGUGAUACUUCCUAUGCAUUCCACCAGGGUCCAGCCGGAGUCAUGGGCAUAGCCCAAACCUCUGACAGCCCCAACUCCACUAAGGAACGGCCCACAUUGACCUCCAAUGCUGAAAUUGCCGUCGCCUCUGUCCAUGACACCAGCCUCACUAUCUGUGCCCCCCAACUUCUUCAUUUGGAUCGUGAAAAGCGACCUUUGUGGUUCAAUGGCUGGCUGUAUGAAAACAAGUUCGCGAGGACUCGAGUUCUCGGAAGAUUCGAGAUGUUUAUGGAGGAGCCGAGUGAAUCAUCAGAUUCGGCGUGGGAAAUGAAAGAAAGCAAUCUCUGUUGCUUGUCGAAUUCUGCGACAAAUCACUUUACAAAGCAGGAGUUCGAAUGGCUGGGAGAGUUGAUUGAGAUGGCAAAGACAGUGAAUAAUUAG